CGGCCCGCUCCGCCCCGGCCCGCCCCGGCGGAAGGCAGGCGGCCAUGCCCGCGGCAGACGAGCAGCCCCGCCGCGACAUGGCCGGCCGCCGCCUCCUGGGGCUCCUCCUCGCCUUCGCCGCGCUGCUGGGCGCAGGUCAUGGGGACGGCCCAGGUGAAUUCAGCCUAGAAGAUGCCCUGUAUGACUUCAGCACCAAGCGACCCACUCCCAAGGGUCCCGGAAAGCCGGCAGGUGAGACAGGCUUUGAUUUGGCUGAUUACUUUGACGCCUCUCCGGAGACUACCACCAAGCCAGCCAAGCCGACUCCGAAGCCCUUCCCCAGGCCAGGGAAGCCAGACAACAGCUUUUGGGAUGUCAUCCGCACCACCACGACCAAGCAGCCAAAAACUACCAGGGGCCCCCCCAGGCAUAACCCAGCAAAGGAUCCUAUGGAUAUUGACUUGGCUGAUGCCCUUGAUGAUAAGAACGAUGGGAAAGAUGCUGGGAGGCCGGGCGUAAGGCCGGGUGAAGCAUUUUCAGACGACGACCUGGCCAGCAUUGUGGACGGCGGCUACAGCCCAGACAAGAAGAAAGGUGCCGGGGGCAGCACCGACAGCGACUACGGCGGAGGCACGGUGGCGGAGACGGGGACGAUCGCCGGCAUCGCCAGCGCCCUGGCCAUGGCGCUCAUCGGGGCCGUCUCCAGCUACAUCUCCUACCAGCAGAAGAAGUUCUGCUUCAGCAUCCAGCAGGGACUUAACGCGGAAUAUGUGAAAGGGGAAAACAUGGAAGCUGUCGUAAGCGAGGAACCCCAAGUUCUUUCUCCAGUACUGGAAACACAGUCAGCAGAACCACCAAAACAAGACAGUGCGAAGAUGUAAAGCAUGACCUGGGGCUAGAAAAGAAUCAGUCGGCAGCAAACGGAGAUCUUACGUGCUUGUAAUUUAGCUUUUUAUUUAAUUUGACUCCAAAGCUAUUUAAUGUGUACUUAGGCUUGAACUGGCUUCGUAUUGCUCUAGGCUUUAGGGUUAGAGUGGUAGCAUGUGUUUAUUUUUUGUAAAGAGGUAUAUGUUUACAUUGAAGUAAUAUUGUAGGUUUGAUGUCCAGUUGUAUGCAAACCAACAGAAGGUGCUUCAGUAGCGGUCAAUUUUCAGUUAAGGGACAAGGUCUUUUUCAAGGAGCAGAAGAGCUUACAGGUAUGAGGGCAGUGAAGUGCCUGUACAUAGCAAUCCAAAGCAAACCAUUCAAAAGCCCUUUGUAAAGCACCUCCAGCCAACUUCUGCCAUCAGCUAUGGGCUUGUCACUUCCAAUGGCAGUGAUGAAAACUGCACAUUUCCUGAGGGUAGAUUGCAGUCCUUAGCGUAGCUACACCUAAAAAUGAAGUGCCUGUGGGUAGGUCCUUGGGCUGAGGCAGGUGACUCCCUGCUCAGAAGCCAGGAGUUGAGGAUGCUUCACCACCACGCAGCGCUGGGCUUCUAACCAAAUAAAAGGACCUGAUUUUCACACCAAGUCAUAAAUCCAGGUAAUGGCAGUGCGUGCAGUGUUCACUUUUAGCAAAUACCAUUUGAAUGCUUGGCUAUGCUAGAGAUCAGAAUGGAGCUGAGGGUGUCAAGCGAUACGGUUUGUCUGUGUGACACGAGAUGCCUGCAGUGUCACCGAAAUGAAGACUGCGUGUGUUUGGAUGCUUUCAAGGACAGGUUCAGAUCUCAUUCACGCUAGAACAAAUUACGGAUUUAACCGAAAAGAAAAUAAACAAAGUAGGAAUCCAUUAAGACCUGUAACACUCACUACGAGAGAAGUCAAGCUUAGCAACAUGCAGUCCCCCCACCUUCUCCUUGUAUCAGCAACUAUCGAGAGCACUCCCUGGCACCCGAGGCAGAAAAAGGAUGUAAAGCUUCGUCCUUUGUGUCACCGACUCACCUUUAUAAAAGGCAGAAUCUCCUGCGAGAAUGGGUCCUCCAUCGCCGUCCUGCGUGGGGUUCCUGCAGCCUUCUGGGAGGCAUCAGGCUGCGAGCGGUGCUCAGCAGGACGCUGGGCUGCCGCCACGACAGCACCCCGCUCCCACGUGAGUGCUCACGCAACCUUCUUCAACAGCGUGGAACUGGCGUCAAGACCUGACCGUCACCAUCUUGCAAGAAUUUGUGUUUAUGUUUCUAAUCCCUCCCCCCCCAACCCUUUUUUAUUGCUGCUAAAACGUGAAUACUGCCACUUUCCAAUACGUUUAUCCAAAUUGGCGAUGGCUUAAAAAGCACGCUCUCAAGUGGAGGAAAAUUCACUUUAUGUGGUGUAAGAGGUACUCACUAUUUUUAUAUAUAAACCUGAAACGUGUGCAUUUUGUACUGUUUUGCAAAUCCCAUAUUUUGUGAAUGUGUAUUUUAAAAAGCGCCUUUCAGUUUGAUGUACAAAUUCACAGCUUUCAGGUAGACACGACUUACAGAAGGCCUUGCCAGGAGGUGAAUCAGCCUAGGAGCACUGCUGCCUAACAGCUCCAUUUGAAAGGAAAUUGCCUAGUAACAUGGUUAAGUAUUUUGCAAUAGCUGCACAAUUCUUUACGCUCUUUUUAACACUUGCAUUUUAAAGCCUUACACUAGCUCUAGCAGAACAGCUACAGUGUUUUAUAAGGGAGACGAGUUCUAGGGAUAUAUGGUGCCUCACGUGUACUCAGAACACUUAGGCUGCAACAAUACUGCUACAACUACUGCUGCUUUGGUUUAUGAAUGUGUUUGGAUUCGAAAACAAAAAUAUUUAAUUAUUGGCUGCUCAGAGAGUGGAAGCAGAGGCGAUAGAUACGGGAUGCACUCUGUGCUUGCUUACUCCCAGAGAAGGGUUUUCACGGAGGAAGCGUGGUCUGCAGGGUUGGGAUCAUCCCGUGCAGCAGCGCAGGUGCCGACAAAGCCAUGCAGCUGGGUUUGUGUAUCUCCAUUCCCAAGCACCGUCGCCUGUCUGUCUUUGUUAGCCAAACGCACUGGAAAGCUGUAGCAUGAAAAAUGUUUUUAGGAAGUUACUGUAGAUGAAGUGUUACAACAUGGCACUCAUGAUCACUACGAGCCAUUUUCCUAGCUUAGAUCAAGUUCCCGUAAUUCCACUUCUCCUUUUGCCAAUGACCAUAUUUUCUGCAGAUGCAGAUCAUCGGUUUUAUUGCAUUUCUGUUACCGUGCCCUCCCUGUUUGUCUAGUGGACAGUGCAAUGGAGUGUCCGGCAUUGCUUAAAGAAUAUAGCACCUACCCCUCCUUCGGGAAACUCUUACACUAGAACAUAGGAGAAACACGUGUCUAAUUUACAAGUACUGCAGUUAAAAGAAAUAAAUAAAAAAAAGCUGUUUCACUGAAAAAAACCACAGGGCCUUUUCUACGACUUUGGUGAAUAUUAUGCCUUAGUAUAAUUUCUAGGUAUGUGGAAAACCAUAAAUGCACAGUGAAAGGCAGCACUUUUUCAAAAAUUUACAGGAACAAUUCAAGAUUUCUUUCUCUAGGAUUUCAAAUAGGAAAAUAUUGACAAAUACUGCAGUAAAGAAAUUAAACUUGGUCUUCUCUUCAAAACUGGACAAAAGUCAAAGUCUUGAUGUGCUAAAUGUCAGCAAAGGCUCAAAUUGCUUUUUAUUGCAGUCUGUCUCCUUCUCCAUCAGAACUGUCAGACCAGUCUCUGAUAAAUAGGGAAUUUAUACAUCAUCUAUAUUUUAGGCAUUAUAGCAACUGAGAGGAUUCCUCUGUAUUUUGCUAGUAGUGAUACAAGUUCUCAAACUGACCCAGCACCGACCUCUCUAACUACUUUCAUUUAAUUAGUAUCUAUUCUCUUUAAAUCUGGAUAUCGAAUUUUUAAAAAUCCUGCACUUAGGUUUUGUAUACAUGGUACAAACAUUAUUAUCCUUUAUAAAAAAAGGCCAUAAAACACUGAAAACUGGGAUUUUUUUUUUUCAUGAGUACAAAACCUACAUAUACAGCUGUCCUGAGAGUUUAUGUACUACCUGUGCUGUGAGCUCUUUUUCUUAUUACACCUCACUUCAGCUUAAUUAAAGCUAUUUUUAAUAAAAUGAUUUGGAAAAGGUUUCUCAAUUACAGAAAAACAGCGAACUGAAAGAAUUGAACUAGCUCUUUUCCUGUUGUUUAUUCUAUCAAUUACUUGCAUUUUCCUUUGGCAAUACUGUAGUAGUUUCUUCAUUUGAGAUUUGGCAAUACUGUAGUACUUUCUUCGUUUUAGAUUCUUCAGUUGAGAAUACUCUGACAUGAAUUUCAGAUUUUUUUGGCACUAUAAACUCGGUCAUUUUCAUUCAACCUCACUAAUGAACCCUUACAAGUGCUAUAUUGUCAUUCUUAACUACUCAUUUGUUGUGAUAAAAGUGGAAUUAGUCCAUAAUACCAUUUCAAAUUCUGAAAAAGUAAGAUGAGUCGACAGGCUUCGGCUUUAAAAAUCUGCUUCUGCAACAAAGGAGGUUCAGGAACAAAUGAAGCUCAGAAACAAUGGAAUUGUGAAAUUAGAGAAUCCUUUCGUUUGAGUCAAGUCCUUACUUAAAAGCAAGGCAUACUGUUUGCUGAUGCAGAAGCUAUCUAUACCAAAUGAAGGUUGAAUGUUACGCUGUAAGAAAAUAAGAUUCAUUUUGCUAAUGUGCUGCAUGUGAGGAUCAUGGGGGUAACAAUCAGAAUUUGACUACCAUUGGAAAACACCGAAUAAAACAAGUUGACUUAUAA